AUGGUUGAAGAUUAUGUGGCAAAAGUGAAGGAAUUGUGGAGUUUAUCAGGAUGCACAUUAAUGUCUGAUAUUUGGACAGACAUAAAAGGUCGCUCAUUUAUCAAUGUGGUUGCUUAUUCUCCGAAAGGGCCUAUCUUUUUAAAGUCUUUUGAAAGGUCGAGUCAUAAAAAUAGUGGUUCUUUUCUUAGAGAUCUACUUGUAUCUGUCAUUGAGGAGAUUGGACCUAAGAAUGUAGUUCAAAUUAUCACAGACAAUGCUUCAAAUUAUGGACUUGCUGGUGAUAUGAUAAUGGGAAGUUAUCCUUACAUAUACAAAAUAAAGUGUGCAGCCCAUGGAGUUCAAUUACUUUUCAAAGAUAUUUAUAAUCAGGUUCAAUGGAUAAGUAAGGUAUUUGAUAAGGCAAAGGAGAUUGUGGAUUAUAUGUGCAGACAUACCAUUGUCUUAAGUUUAAUGAGGGAACAUACAUACAAGGAUUUGAAAAGGUAUUCCAAAACUAGGUUUGCUUCUCAUUUUCUAAUGCUUCAAUCUGUUUUAGAAGCUGAAGAUGGCUUGAGAAACUUAAUUGCAUCAGUUACUUGGAGAAACUUGUCAUAUAGCAAAGGAGCAAUGGCACAAAAUGUGAAGAACAUAAUUCAAGGUAUUGAAUUUUGGAAAGAAGGAAAAGAGGUUAUAUCUUCCUUAGAGUCUCUUGUUAAAAUAUUGCGAUUAGUUGAUAGUGAUGGAUCAAUUGUUGGCUGCAUUUAUGAUGCAAUAGAGAGAGCAAGAAUUGCCAUCAAGAAACAAUGUGAAACUAAUCCUAUCAAAUACAUGCAGUUACGGGACUUAUUUGAGACAAGACAAGAGGAGAAUAUACUUCAUGAGAUACAUGCAGUUGCAGCUUACCUCAACCCAUAUUUAAUGUAUGGCAUGAAAAUAAGUGCUUCUGCAUGUGAACGUAAUUGGAGUGCAUUUGAUGCUGCACAAACAAAAAAGAGAAAUAGAUUAUCACCAAAUAUGUUAGAGGACCUUGUUUAUAUAAGGGUGAAUUCAUUAAUGUUAAAGAAUUCUACUAAUUUUGAGAUACAUGACAAAAAAGUAAUUGAUCUUGAAAAUAUUGUGGAGCUUGAUGAAAAUGUUAAUGAAAGACUUGAGGUGGCUGCAGAUGAAGGUCUUGAGGAGAAUGCAACAGAUAAUAUUGAUGUUGGUGAUACUUCGUGA